UUUAACAACGCCCUUUGCAUAAACGGCGUCUUUGUGAUGCGGAAGAUAACCAAGAAAUUGGUAUGAAUCCCAGUCAAGAAAUCGCUCAACAUUAUUAAAAAUCUUUACUUUUCAUUAGAUUCACAAAACCCAACUCCGCAAUUGCAGAUCUUGCUCUUAUCCCCUGCAUCAACACACCAAUAAUACUGCAUUGGUAAUCUAGGGCUCGUUAUUGUUGGUGGGUAUAUGUGAUUAGGAUCAAAGAUGGGGAUCAAGAGAGGGGGAUCAAGUUUGGGUGUGCAUAGAAACAGAGGCGGUGGUGGAUCUCGGUUUCCGGUUUUGGCGGUUGUGUUGGUUUUGGUUCUUGCUCCAAUGGUGUUCUUCAUUGGGCGUGGGAUUUAUUCAAGUGAGUCAAUUGAUCAAAACGAUUCAAGCAAACAUCAAGAAUUGCAGGAUGUAGAUUGGAGAACAAAGCUUGCUUUGCAACACGUCAAAUCUCUUUUCUCAAAGGAGGUUAUCGAUGUCAUCAAGGCCAACACAGAUGACAUGGGACCCUUGAGUCUUGAUUCUUUUCGGAAAAACAACUUUUCGGCUUCUUGGAAGUUCGAUGGGCAAGAAAAUAUAGUCGAUAGUGUUAACAUACAAGAGACCCCUAAAGUCAAACAAGAUACUUCUUUAGAUGCUGGUCAUACUCAACAUGAUGAUUCACCCGCAAGUCUAGCGAGAAGGACACUGAGAGAAAAAAGGCGUGAAAAACGGGCAGCUGAUCUAUUAAAGCAAGAUGAUGAUGCAACUAUAAAGCUCGAAAAUGCCGCCAUUGAACGGUCCAAAUCAGUUGAUUCUGCUGUUCUUGGGAAGUACAGUAUAUGGAGGAAAGAAACUGACAAUGAAAACAUAGACACAACCGUACGGUUAAUGCGGGAUCAAAUGAUCAUGGCUAGGGUUUACGUCAGCAUUGCAUUGUUGAAGAACAAGACCAACAUGGCUCAUGAACUACAAACACGUAUCAAAGAAAGUCAACGCACUUUAGGAGAUACAACAACCGAUAACGAUCUUAAUCCCAGUGCCCCGGAGAAAAUUAAAGCUAUGGGUCAAUUGUUGUCGAAAGCGAGAGAUCAACUUUAUGACUGCAAGUUAGUUACUGGGAAGUUGAGAGCUAUGCUUCAAUCGGCUGAUGAACAAGUUCGUAGCUUGAAAAAACAGAGCACGUUUUUAAGUCAAUUAGCAGCUAAAACGAUUCCAAAUGGAAUUCAUUGUUUAUCUAUGCGGUUAACUAUCGAGUAUUAUCUUCUUCCACCGGAGAAAAGAAAGUUCCCUAAAAGGGAGAAUCUCGAGAACCCGAGUCUAUAUCACUACGCUCUCUUCUCUGAUAAUGUUUUGGCUGCUUCGGUUGUUGUCAAUUCCACAAUCAUGAAUGCUAAGGAACCCGAGAAACAUGUUUUCCAUCUUGUUUCUGAUAAAUUAAACUUUGGAGCGAUGAACAUGUGGUUUCUAUUAAACCCGCCCGGUAACGCUACAAUCCAUGUAGAAAACGUUGAUGAAUUUAAAUGGCUAAAUUCAUCGUACUGUCCCGUUCUUCGACAACUAGAAUCAGCCGCAAUGAAAGAAUUCUAUUUCAAAGCGGAUCAUCACACAACGCUCUCAGCCGGAUCUUCAAAUCUAAAAUAUAGAAACCCUAAGUAUCUAUCUAUGUUAAACCACCUUAGGUUUUAUCUGCCACAAGUUUAUCCUAAAUUAAACAAAAUCCUGUUCCUUGAUGACGAUAUUGUUGUUCAGAAAGAUUUGACCGGGUUGUGGAAGGUUGACCUUCAUGGGAAGGUCAACGGUGCCGUUGAAACUUGUGGCGAAAGCUUCCACCGUUUUGACAAGUAUUUAAAUUUUUCAAAUCCGCAUAUUGCCCGUAACUUUGACCCGAAUGCUUGUGGAUGGGCUUACGGGAUGAACGUGUUUGACCUUAAGCAAUGGAAAAAGCGGGAUAUUACAGGCAUUUACCACAAGUGGCAAAAUAUGAAUGAAGACCGCGUUUUGUGGAAGCUUGGAACUUUGCCGCCAGGGUUGAUGACGUUUUACGGGCUUACACAUCCACUCGACAAAUCUUGGCAUGUACUAGGUUUGGGUUAUAAUCCUAGUAUUGAUAAGAGUGACAUCGAAAAUGCAGCUGUUAUUCACUACAACGGGAACAUGAAACCGUGGCUCGAGUUGGCUAUGACUAGAUACCGUUCGUAUUGGGUCAAAUACAUCAAGUUUGACCAUCCGUACAUCCGGGGUUGCAAGAUAAAUGAAUGACCAGCAAUGGUACUUUUCCACAUUGUUUAUUCUUCGAUUCUUUGUUAUCUAUGUCAUUUGACUAGUUCUAAUUCAUAGACCCUUGUUAGUCCUUUACGCCCCUCAAUCGGGUAGUCGUAGCGAAGAACAUUAUAGUUGACUUUUCUGGUAUACUUUUCAAAUAUGGAGAACUAAUUUUGGAUUAUCUUUGGAUUGUAAACAGCUUAUAUUUAAAUGUUUAUUUCAAAAAGUUUUUUUUUU